UGCAAGGGGUCCCAGACGCGUCAGUUCCAAACAGGCCAUCACUAAGUUUCUCAAGUGCUGGGUUUCACGUCGUUAUACCCAUUCCCGCUAGUCCAUGUACUCUGCUUCUGCACAAAAAGCCAAGAGACGCGCCCACACGCGUCCAGAGCUUACCGACGAACAGAAACAAGAGAUAAAGGAGGCUUUUGAACUGUUCGACACGGACAAGGAUGGUUCGCUGGACUAUCAUGAGCUCAAGGUCGCAAUGCGCGCCCUCGGCUUCGACAUGAAGAAAGCAGAGGUAUUGAAAAUAUUAAGAGAUCACGACAAGAGCGGUCAUGGUCUCAUUGACUUUGAGGAUUUCGCAAAAAUCAUGAGCGAACGGAUCCUUGCGCGAGAUCCGAUGGAUGAGAUCCGCCGAGCCUUUCAAUUGUUCGAUGACGACAACACAGGAAAGAUUAGUCUGCGGAAUCUUCGACGUGUUGCAAAAGAGAUCGGUGACCGAUUGGAAGAUGAUGAAUUGCAAGCGAUGAUAGAUGAAUUUGACCUCGACCAGGAUGGAGAGAUUAACGAGCAAGAGUUUUUCGCCAUCAUGACAGACGAUGCAUAGCUCUUUUCGCUUAUGGUUAUUUAUCUAUUCUUUUUCGUUCCUCCAUUUUUCUCGAGUCGUACACUGUCUCUCGCCGGUUAUUAUCUAUUAACUCACGUGUUUGGUAAUAUUGCGAUCAUUCUCUGUCCGGAACAUCUACGGGCUUCGUUUCUGUGCUCUAUUCAUUAGAGCUCCUCGUGUAAUUGUACAGCCGCCGGUUGAUGAGUAGUGUGCCGCUGAGUAAUGCCUAUUCUACGGACGCGGCCCUGGUGUUCACCGCGAACCAUGAUCGGGAGCCGUAAGAGGCCUGUAGAGACGCCAAGGAGAACCUAACAAGCUGCCUGCGCAGCUUGAGCUGAUGAAUAAAAAUACAU